AUGCCUCUGACCAGCUCCUACUUGGUGGUGGUCUCCUGCCUGAUGAUCCUGUCUCAGGUUCGAGGCCAGGAAGAUGAGCCUGCAGAGCCCAUUCCCAAGAAUACCUGUCCAGAAGGCACCAAUUCUUUUGGAUCCUACUGCUACUUCCAUUACCAAUUUUCUGAGACUUGGACUAAUGCAGAUCUCUACUGUCAGAAUAUGCAUUCAGGAAACUUGGUAUCUGUGGUCAACCAGGCUGAGGGUGAUUUUGUAGCCUCCCUAGUUAAGGAGAGUGGCACUAGUGACUCAAAGGUGUGGAUUGGCCUCUAUGAUCCCAACAAGAACCGCCGCUGGCGCUGGAGCAGUGGGUCCUUAUACUCCUAUCAAGCUUGGGCAGUUGGAUCCCCAGCCACCACAAAUCCUGGCUAUUGUGUGGUCCUAACUUCAGACUCAGAAUACAAGAAAUGGAAGGAUUACUCUUGUGACACAAAGUUCUCCUUUGUCUGCAAGUUCAAAAAAUAA